AAUUGGCAGACUCACUGCAUUUAGAAUUAUCUGGGUCUUCAACAGCAAACUUAUCUCUAUCUGAUGAAGCUAGGAGAAUACCAUCAGUCCUAGGAGAUUGUUCAUUGAAAGAGCCUUGUAUGAGUAAUUUUUCUGAAAAUCUGCCACAUCCUGCUGAUAAACUAUCAUGGCUGAGUUACACAGUCCAGUUUUCACAACCACUGAACCAGUUUGGGAAUUUUUCUGCAAACCUCUUUUUCUUGGAUAGUGGAAAUGGAACUUCUCUUCCAAUUACCAUCAAGUUUGGGCUGAUGGAAUCGCCAUGUCAAAAUGGUGGAAAAUGCCUUGCCACAGGUAUUUAUCCUUGCAAUGACACCCAUAGAACACACAGCUUUGAUGCCUACUACAGAUGUGAAUGUCUAGGAGGUUACCAAGGGAAGUACUGUACCGAGGAUAUAAAUGAAUGUCUCAGUGAUCCCUGUGUGGCACCCCUCAUCUGUUAUAAUGAAAUCAACCACUACCGGUGCGCAUGUCCUCAGGAUCAGCCUAACUGUGAGCUCCUGCCCUGGAUGAUAGCACUUAUUGCUGUUCUGGUGGUGGUGGCGGUCGUGGUCAUCAUCGUGUUGGCAGUUGUGAGAUAUAAGGUCAAGAAAAGGAAAGAACCCUAUGAAAAAGAACUUCUUGGGUCACAGUCUACAUUAGCUUCCACGGCCAGUCUGAACAAAUCAGAUGAAGGAGAAGAAGGGAAGACUGGGGAUCAGUGCUCAUCUGGAGUACUUUGGAAAGAACCAGAGAUCAUGUUUGAUGAAUCAGAGAACUUUACUGAAGAAAAGGUUCCAUUGCCUGAUAAAAAGGAAAUGGUUCCGGUACAGAAUUGGGUAGAACAGAAACAUGAUGCUGAUUACUACAGCAACCGCCUUCUGAAAUCCAACUUUAAGCCUUUGCUACCAGUCAAGGAUUCCAUUGCAUCAGCAAAACAGACCAUCAAGAAAGAGAAGACGGAGAAAAAAUCCUCAUCAGGCAAGAAAACAAAGAAAGAAAAGGCAGAGCAGCAUUUGAAACAGAACCUAAGAAAGACGACUAUGGGCCCAACUAAACCUGCAUUUCCAACUCAAGUGCUACCAGAAAUAAGGAGGGCAGAUCAGACAAGGAUUCCCGGCUCAAAUGAUCCAAACCUGAUGAAAUCAAGUAAAGUUCAUCCUGUUGAUUAUGACUUGAAACCAAACAAGACGACUGUCAAGCAAGACCAGGAUUCUGUUGAUUCAGCCCCUACAUUACUGCAUGACCUUACACCGUCAGUCAUCAAACUUUGUGACAGACCCACUAGAGAGGAAACCCAGAGUCCCAGAUUUGAAGGGGAAAAGAGAGAUCUGAUUGAGCUUGAGGCCAGCUCUAAUAAAAAAUGUGCCAUUGAAUUGGAAGAUAAUUCUGGAAUUCCAGCUCAGUGUGAACGACAGUUCUUUAGUUCUCAUAGACGUGUAAAUCCUAUCAAACUUUGA